GGAUUGUCGACUUCAGGAUGAAUCUUGAAGAUAGAUUACCGACCAGCUCGGGCAAAUACCGAAGCCGUUGUCUGCGGGGUCUGGCGUCAUUUUUCCAACUCUCUCCCUCUGUCUUUCUCUUUACUUACACUUCUCUCUCGUUGACGCCUCUAGAAUUCUCGUAUUCUUGUAUCUCUUCCAUAUCCAGCAUCUCUGCUACUGCACCAAGGCGCAAUGGCUGUUGCAGACGUCAAGUUCAAGCUGAACACGGGCGCGGAGAUCCCGGCCGUGGGACUGGGAACAUGGCAAUCCGCCCCUGGAGAAGUUGAGAAAGCCGUCAGUCAUGCCAUUGCGGUGGGAUAUCGACACAUCGAUACUGCGUUUUGCUAUCAGAACGAACACGAGGUCGGCCAAGGAAUCAAGGAAGCAUUGGCGUCUGGGAAAGUUAAAAGAGAGGAUCUUUUCGUCACCACGAAGCUAUGGUGCAGCUAUCACACCCGCGUGGAGGAGGCCCUGGAUGCGAGUCUCAAGAAUUUGGGAUUGGACUACAUCGAUCUGUACUUGAUGCAUUGGCCGGUGGCUUUUAACCCCAACGGCAACCAUCCUCUAUUCCCCAAGCUUCCAGAUGGCUCUCGUGAUAUCGACCACAGCCACUCUCACGUCACGACAUGGAAGAACAUGGAAAAGCUUCUUGGGACCGGCAAGGUAAAAGCGAUUGGCGUCUCCAACUACAGCAAACUCUACCUUGAGCAGCUAUUGCCUCACGCGACCGUCGUCCCAGCAGUAAACCAGAUCGAGAAUCAUCCAGCUCUCCCUCAACAGGAGAUUGUCGAUUUCUGUAAAGAGAAGGGUAUCCACAUUACCGCCUACAGUCCUUUGGGAAGCACCGGAAGCCCCCUGUUUACUGCAGAGCCUAUUGUAGAAGUUGCAAAGAAGAGAGGAGUGGGCUCGGCGACUGUCCUUUUGAGCUGGCACAUCGCUCGCGGUUCCUCUGUUCUCCCCAAAUCAGUAACGCCGUCUCGUAUCGAAGAAAACCGCAACUUGAUCAAGCUCGACGAGUCUGAUAUGGCUACCAUCGCUAAAUAUACCGACGAUCUCGCUGCUAAGAAGGCCUUCCAACGUUUUGUAUACCCACCUUUCGGAAUCAACUUUGGGUUCCCCGACAAGUCCUAAAUGCGGAAACCAACCUCUGACAGGGCACGGUGAGAGCUGUUGGUAUAUCAUACGACAUGCGAGAUACAUUCAACUUGCACAUAGGACACUCUUCUAAGCUGUAUAAACACGUCUGGCCUUAUUUUCUAGUUCCUGCUUUAUCCCGUGAUGGAUAUAAAUGACGACAAAGCUUCUAGCUUGCUUCUCUUCUGUCGCUUGGUUCCGAAUUAGAGAUUAUGCAUUAUGAUGGAUAGAUCCAAACACUCGAAUGCGAGUUCAGAUUCGUG